AUGUCGGCCUGCCUGGUCCUAGAGCCAGGAGAGAUGAGAGAGGAUACGAUGCUUUUCUGUCUGCUGCCUUUCGCGGCUCUCUUGCUGCGUGCGGAGGGCAGGCGCGGGGGAACCGUGGUUGGUAACAAAAACAUUGGCCACGCGUUGGACAACGACAAAUGGCUCAGCACCGUGUCUCAAUACGACAAGGACAGAUAUUGGAACAAAUUCAGAGAUGAAGUUGAGGAUGACUACUUCAAAAGCUAUGGUCCUGCCAAGCCAAUCAACCAAGCUCCGGACGCCACUAAAGACCCGUGUCUGAAGGUGCGGUGCCCUCCUCACAAGGUGUGUUUCAGCCACGACUACCAGACAGCCAUCUGCACCAACACCAAUCACAAGCAGCCUAGACACAGAAAAGAAAGAUUGGCCCACAAACACUGGGCAGGAGCAGGGGCCCAUGGGAAGUGUGGGCCGUGCCCUGUCAUCCAUCCCAGCCCCGUGUGCGGCUCUGACGGCCACACCUACUCCUCCAAGUGUAAGCUGGAGUUCCAGGCGUGCACAUCAGGGAAGAGCAUCGGUCUGAAGUGUGAGGGACCGUGCCCAUGUCUGCCUGGUCAGGAACUGGUCAAACCACACAGAGACAAGGCAGAGAAGACCGUCUGCAGUGAUAGGGACCUGCAUAGCCUAGCAUCCAGACUAAAGGACUGGUUCGGAGUUCUCCACCUCGAUGCCAACCGAGACCUCAAAACCUCUGCCAACUCUGAUUCAGCGGCAGGACGUUUUGACACCAGUAUCCUGCCCAUCUGUAAGGACUCUCUGGGUUGGAUGUUCAACAAGCUGGACAUGAACUACGACCUUCUGCUGGACCAAUCAGAGCUCAGUGCCAUCUACCUGGAUAAGUAUGAGCUGUGUAUGAAGCCCCUGUUCAACUCCUGCGACUCCUUCAAGGACGGGAAGCUGUCCAACAACGAGUGGUGCUACUGCUUCCAGAAACCUGACGGUCUGCCCUGCCAGAAUGAGAUGAACAGGAUUCAGACUCAGGGUCGACGGAAGAGUCUCAUAGGGGCCUAUAUUCCACGCUGUUCUGAGGAGGGUUACUUUAAGUCAACCCAGUGUCAUGGCAGUACUGGACAGUGUUGGUGUGUGGACAAAUACGGCAACGAGAUCGCCGGCUCCAGAAAACAGGGCAACCCCACCUGUGAGGAGGACCAAGAGACAUCGGGGGAUUUUGGCAGCGGGGGUGGUGUCCUUCUCCUUGACGACCAGGAGGAGGAGCCACCUCGGAGUGGGAGGAGCCGGCAGAAGCAGAGGCGGGGCCGGAUCCAUCCCAGAGGGGCCAUCGAGGAUGACGAGGACGAGGAAGAUGACAAAGAUGACGAGAUUGGCUACGUCUGGUAGCUCUGCCCCCACCUGCUCUCCUAUCAACCAACCAGGGACUCCCGUUAACUCUGCACAGACCUGAAGCCAUUCCAGCAUCUCCUUCGUCCCACCCCCUACCCCUCAGCAUCAGUCCAUGUCCAACUGACUUUUCCUUCCUCUUGUUCAUACCUUCAUUGAAGCUUUCUCUUCGUUAAUCCCGUCCUACUCAACCUUUAUAUAACGUGUCCACCUCCUACUCUCCUUCAGAUAAUGGAGACCUAUUAAAUUCAAACAAAGACUAUUUUAUUGUGUUUCCCUUUGCUUCAACUGUCCCCAAACCCUUCAAUAUUUGACUGACACCGAUUGCUAUAGCCUCGUUCUCUCUCUCUUGCUCUCUCAUCUCCCCUUUCUCUCUCUUUAUCUGCCUGUGU